AUGCAGCAACGAAUGAUAAAUUACCCAGGGCGCGUUUUACACGAAGUGGAUGAAGCGGACAAGUGGACCAACUAUGGACUUAGCGGUUGUUAUCAAAAAAGAACUCCAUAUGAUCCAUUCCGUACUCCAGUACGAAGCCAGCUGUCAUGUGGUCUUCCCGACAAUGCGAUGAAUACGCUGCAACCAACUGCAUUCUACAAAUUAGCGGAGAACUAUCUUGCUGGGGGACGACCGUUACAAACCCUGUGCAAUCACAAUGCUAAUUUGGCUACUCUGUUGGGGCAGUCGAAUAUAGCGCAAAGCUGGCGACUUGUGGCAGCUUUGCUGGAACAGACAGGACUGCAAAAGGUAUACGAUCAUGAUGCUGAAUGUACAGCCGCCAAUUAUCGCGAGAAAUACGAU